AUGCGGCAUUCGAGACGAACCAAUUAUCCUGAGUGGGAUAAAAGAGACAGUCCGAAUCACAGAAGAUGCGACAGUGCUAGCAAAAGAAAGAAGAGGUCAUUAAGUAGUGCGCAGGAGAAAAAACACUUCAAACGUGAUCUUUCCAAACUCGCUGGCAGUAUGUGUUCGGAAUCCAAAUCUGUAAAUGAACGAGACCGUCAAGACCGGCACUAUGUUGAAGAGUACAGAAACGAGUACAAUUCAGGAUGUGACACUGAGCAUCACAGUAGCAAAUCCUCGGGUCAUAGUGGGACAAGUAGUUACAAAAGGAAAUACAAGACACAUCACACUGCCUGUCAUCAUCAUCGUUCACAGAAGAGUCAUCGAAGGAAAAGAUCCAGGAGUGUAGAGGAUGAUGAGGAGGGUCACCUGGUCUGUCAGAGUGGAGACGUACUAAGUGCAAGAUAUGAAAUUGUCGCUACUUUGGGUGAAGGCGCUUUUGGAAAAGUAGUGGAGUGCAUCGAUCGCAAAGCGGAUGACAGACAUGUAGCUGUGAAAAUAGUAAAAAAUGUUGCUAGGUACUCCGAAGCAGCUCGUGCAGAGAUACAGGUGCUGGAACAUUUAAAUGCCUCAGAUCCCACCAAUACAUAUCGCUGUGUCCAGAUGCUGGAGUGGUUUGAGUACUACGGACACGUCUGCAUUGUCUUUGAGCUGCUGGGGCUGAGCACCUAUGACUUUAUUAAAGAGAAUGGCUUUCUGCCGUUCAGGCUGGACCACAUCAGACAGAUGGCGUAUCAGAUCUGUAAAUCUGUGAACUUUUUGCAUUUGAACAAGUUGACACAUACAGAUCUGAAACCAGAAAAUAUUUUAUUUGUGGAGUCUGACUAUGUGGAGGAGUAUAACCCCAAACUGAAAUGCGAUGAGCGCACGCUAAAGAACCCAGACAUCAAAGUUGUGGACUUCGGGAGCGCCACGUAUGAUGAUGAGUAUCACAGCACUUUGGUGUCCACGAGACAUUACAGAGCUCCUGAAGUGAUCCUGGCACUAGGAUGGUCGCAGCCGUGUGAUGUUUGGAGCAUAGGAUGUAUUCUCAUUGAAUACUACCUUGGAUUCACAGUAUUCCCGACGCACGACAGCAAGGAACACCUGGCAAUGAUGGAGCGAAUCCUGGGCCCUUUGCCAAAUCACAUGAUAAAGAAGACCAGGAAACGCAAGUAUUUCCAUCAUGACCGGCUGGAUUGGGAUGAGCACAGCUCAGCUGGUAGAUACGUCUCAAGGCGGUGUAAGCCACUGAAGGAAUUCAUGACCUGCCAUGAUGCUGACCAUGAGAACCUCUUUGACCUCAUUGAAAAGAUGCUGGAGUAUGACCCAGCCAAGCGCAUUACUCUUGAAGAAGCGCUGAAACAUCCUUUCUUCUUCCCACUGGAACAGGAAGAAAAGGUGCCGUCUCCUCUAGCUGAACAGGCUGACAGGUGUCAGUCCACCAAAGAAACAUAA